GCCGCCGCCGCCGCCUCCCGGGGGCUGAGCCCGGAACCGCCCCCCCGCGCCUCACCUCGCCGAUCACGUCGUGCAGAUGAAUAACUGGAAGAGGUGCAUUUUCACAGUCUGCUCAGAGACCUCAGCCUAAGGUUUCAGAAAACAUGCUCUCCUUUCAGUUACUGUGUUCUCUCCUCCUCUGCAAUGCCCUGGUGGUAGCUGCCCAGAGAAAACUACAAAAGGUCCCUGAGCAGGAGGAGCAGGAGGAGGAGGAGAACAUCACAUGGAUAAGGAUGCCUCAAACUCUCUCCCGAGGAUGGGGUGAUGAAAUUGAAUGGGUUCAGACAUAUGAAGAAGCUUUAACUAGAUCAAGAAACAGCAAGAAACCUCUGAUGGUCAUCCACCACUUAGAAGAAUGCCCUUAUAGCCAAGCUUUAAAGAAAGCUUUUGUUUCCAGCCCAGAGAUCCAAAAGAUGGCUCAAGAGGAUUUUAUUAUGCUAAAUCUGGUGCAUUCGAGCACAGAUGACAACAUGGCCCCUGAUGGCCACUAUGUCCCUAGGAUCCUCUUUGUUGAUCCCUCUAUGACAGUUCGAGCCGAUCUGACAGGAAAGUAUAAGAACAGAAUGUAUGCAUAUGAACCAGAAGAUAUUUCAAACUUGAUUGAAAACAUGAGACGAGCAAAGACACUUCUCCACACAGAACUAUGAACAAUGGGCCUGACCAGAUCUACACAUGCCAGGGAAGCGGACGGAUUGUACAGCAAAAGCCAGGGCUCGACAACCCUGAUAGUGCAGAAAACAUGAAAAUACAAAUCUGGAAGUUUAGUGGCAUUAGUGCAUUUUCAAAUAUUCUGUACAUAGUGGCUUUUUCAAAAAAGGUUAAUAUGGAGGAAGUGGUGGUACUGAGGGAUUAGACUAGAAUACAUUCAAUCUUCUCUGAAAUAACUCUAUGGCAAAGACGUACUUACGUGAACCCUGUGUGCUAUAUGGGGAACAGCUGAACAGUACACUUCUUUCGUGUAAGUAACUGUUUAUUUAGGAAGUUAGCAGGUUUACAAAUCACUAUACAAGCAUCAGGAUUCGGUUUUUACUCAUGUUUACAAACCAAUCUCUUUCAAACUUAAUAUUUAAAAAAGUGUCAAAUGCAAUGUUUUUUGGGGGCCAGUUUACUUUAAUUAUUGAAUAAAUGGUAACCAGAUAUCUAAGCAUCCAUUUCUGCUCUGUAUUUUGCAGGGUAUAUACUUCCAUAAUUUUUUCCAAAACAAAACCCUAUAUUUUAACCAUUUCUCUCUAAUUAUGGGCUAUUGUUUUUUUCUUCCCAUAAGAAGCUGCUAACAAAUCUCGCAAAUGAGUAAUUCUUCACUUCUUUGCACGUGACCAUUUCUGCUAGAAAGCCCCAAGAGAAGAUUAUCCAAUGUUUUCUUUGGUAAUAAACAUCCAAUAGUUUAAUAGUUGGUUAUGAAUCACACCCCAGUACUCUGAUUGGACACAUCCACCAUGUGAGUCUUUUAUAAGCUGUAAGUCUGCUUUACCUUUUUCCUAUCAUCUUGUUUAAGUCCUCGA